UACUGCUGACAGAGCCGGAUAUUCUCUCGCUGUCUCUUAAAUUUCUGCUACCCUGUUGUUUGUUGGGAUGUAGCCAUUCCAGCUCUAGGCUCAAAUAUCGUUUUUCUUACUGCGAAGAAAGUGCAUGGCGACGGCCAUCUCCGGUCGGAUUGCGCUGCCUCCAGGUCACGUACUCAGUUGCAGACCAGGUGAUAAACUGCACUUAUAUAAGGGACAUUAUGUGAAUUGUGGCAUUCCCCGGACAAUAUCAGCUGCUGGGGCAGGUAAAGGCGGGGUAUUGGAAAGACCAACCAUAGAGAAAUUUAUUCCUGGUCAAGAGUCUGAGUUUGACCUGAGGAAAUCCAGGAAAAUAGCUCCUCCGUAUCGUAUAAUUUUACAUAACGACAAUUUUAACAAGCGCGAGUAUGUCGUCCAAGUACUCAUGAAGGUCAUUCCUGGAAUGACUCUCGACACUGCAGUCAAUGUCAUGCAAGAGGCACACUAUAACGGUUUGUCGGUCGUAAUUGUGUGCACUCAGGCUGAUGCAGAAGAGCAUUGCAUGCAGCUGAGGGGCAAUGGCCUUCUAAGUUCCAUUGAGCCUGAAGGUGGUGGGUGCUGAGACAAACUCCAUACAUUACAUGAAGCACUUAUACUGAUGAAUCAGAAUCUGCUCAUUUGUAUGUGCAUAAUAAUAUGUGAAAUGUGAGAUGCUUCAUAUUGUUAAAAAAAGGGGGAGACAUAAAGCUGGAGACAUUAUUGAUGUAUGAUUAUUGGUCUAUCUUGCAGGUUGCAAAACUUGUGCAUACAAGUGAAA